AUGCUGGUAGAAGAGCCAACAAACCACCAGUGACGUGCCAUCCACUAAGCAUCGAGUGGCAUGGCAUGGUUCCGUUGCCUUGCACAGUCCUCACUCAGUCAGGCUUUUUUCUCUCUCUUGCAAAUAUACUUUAGUAAGGCACAGUAUAUUGAAUCCUUCCUGCUAACCGCCACACGCAAAAAAGCAAAUACAUACUUAUCUACUGUAGCAAACAGGGUAGGCUUAAAAGGUGUGUGUGUCUGUGUGCAUGUGUAUGUAUGUCACUGGGCAAAAGUCCCGAGGAAACAAGACUAAAAACUACUAUAUAAACAAACUUCCGAAAGGAACAAGAAAA